AAGAAGAAGUAGGAGAGCUAGAGAAAAAUCAUUCACGAGUAAUUUCUGACUAGAUUAAAGUUCUCGUGGUUUGGUGUGAACAAACACCGUAUUCGUAAAUAAUAGUAGUCGGGAACAGUGCAUUUAUUUGUCUCAUUAGUUUGUAAUUUCAACACUGAAUAUCGGGUUAAGUGAUAUCGAUACCUGAGACUGAUAAUAAUUCGUUAGGUCAUAAACAAUCAUUCAACUGUGGUCUUUACCUAGUGAAAUAUUUUACUGUGUAAUGUAUCAGGAUAAAUAAUUGGUUACCCCGAAAUUAAACAAGAUAAUCAAUCGUAAAGCUGGGUCAUAAGGAAGCUAGCGGCACCAGUAUGGUGGAUUAUUACAAGGUCCUAGAGGUGCCCAAGGGCGCCAGUGUGGCAGAUAUAAAAAAAGCGUACCGAAAAUUGGCUCUGAAAUGGCACCCGGACAAGAACCCCAACAACAUGGACGAGGCCACAAAACGUUUCAAGGAGAUCUCAGAGGCUUACGAGGUUCUUUCGGAUGAAGCCAAACGCAAAAUCUACGACAACAAAGCGAGCCGUACGAGUGCCAGCAGGACCGCUAGAAGUCACAGGAGCUAUUUUGAAACCCACACACACAACCCUUCGAGUAGAUUUUUUGAGAAAAAGAGGCGCAUGUACGACCAGUAUGGAAAAGAGGGCUUGAUAAACGGAGGCCAUAGAGGUAGGAGUAGGCACGAAGAAGAUUACGAUCCAUUCGGUGGUUUUGGAUUCUUCACGUUCAGAGACCCGGAGGAUGUGUUCAGGGAGUUCUUUGGCGGUUCUCCGUUUGCUGAUCUCUUUGGUGAUUUCAACGAUCAUGGUGGCAGUCGAGGAUCAAGGAGAAACAGAAACUCUCAUCCCAGUUCCGCGAUUUCUUCACAUUUCUUCAGUCCCUUCGGGCUCUCCCUUGGCGGUGGCAUGAUGGACGAUUUCUUCAGCGGUGGAUCCGGUUUCACCUCUUUCAAUUUCGACAGUUCGGUGUCGAAUGGCCAUGCCACGAAUGUUAAGAGGACAUCUACGUCCACGAAAUUUGUCAAUGGCAAGAAAAUAACCACGAAAAAGGUUUUUGAAAAUGGGAAAGAAACAGUGAUGUCCUACGAAAACGAUGUGCUCAAAUCCAAAACGGUGAACGGAGUUCCACAGAGUCUAACCUACAGUUAAAAUCCAAAAUAUCUGUUCUUCAUCGGUGGCACGGCUGUAGACUUGCAGAGUCAUAUAAAACUUAAAUGAAUAUGAUCUUUGUCGGCUUAAAAAAAAUUUAUUAAAUAUUCCUAAGUGUUUCGUCUUGAAGCCGAUAGCCACAAAAUUAUCCUGUAUCUAUUCAACUGUAAUUUGUUUUGAUCAGUUGGUUAAAUAAAAGGACUUUAUAAUUCUGUUUUCAGAAUUCACUCAGUAUCUUUUAAGAAGAUGAAGUUUUAGAAUAUAUAUUAAUUUUUUUAUUUUUAGUCAUAUUAUGUUUAGUUGGCCCCUUUUUCGAGAAUUGGAGAAGUGCUCAUUUUUGUAUGGAUUAGAGAACGUAGGGAUGUCUUAAGAAUGAACAGUAAUUGAUAGUCGCAUCUAAUUUUUUUUUCUUAAUUAAAAGACUGCUAUCUAAAUUGUUUUUCCUCCACUAAUAAGAAUUAAUCUUUGAAAAAAAAAUAAUGGUUAAUUUUUUUAUUUUCCUAGAAUUAGUUGCUAAUUCAGCACACACUGUAUGUUUAAAUACCCAAAAUGCACAUAUGAUGUACAUGUUGUUUCGCUUUUAAGUGUGCUGUACAAAAUGGAAAUACACUUUAUGAAAAGUAA